UUUUCUGACAGGGGGCAAAAAUAUGCUUGCCUCAUCAUUUUAUUUGAACGUACAAGCCUCGUUUUGGGAGGCAGGCCAGCACAUUCGGGGGAGGCUGCAGCCGAGAACUCUCGGUGUCAGGCGCGCGCCUCCGGGAAUCAAAACACCGCUUCGGAUUUGAAGGAAGCCGAGUGUCCUUUGGGACGUGGCGGCGGACGCGCAUGCUUGGGAUGAAGCGGCAUGCCGGAGCUCUGCUGGCUUCCAUAUGGCUUCGGUCUACAGGAUGUUUUGCUUUUUAAAUCUUCAUCUGGCCAAGGCGGAAAAGGGAGCGCGGACAGCAAAUGGACGGACGCUAGCGUUGCUCAUUGAGCAACGAUGACCGAGUUCGACCCGUCUGACAGUAAUGCCAGUUACUUGAGAGCUGCCCGGGCUGGAAACCUUGAAAAGGUCCUUGACUACCUCAAGUCUGGGGUCGAGAUUAACAUUUGCAAUCAGAAUGGCCUGAAUGCUCUCCAUCUGGCCUCGAAAGAGGGCCAUGUAGAGGUUGUGGCUGAGCUGCUGAAACUCGGCGCCGCCGUGGAUGCGGCGACCAAGAAAGGAAACACUGCCCUGCACAUCGCCUCGCUGGCGGGCCAAACGGAAGUCGUCAAAGAGCUGGUCACCAACAGAGCCAAUGUCAACGCACAAUCUCAGAAUGGCUUCACGCCUCUGUACAUGGCAGCCCAGGAGAAUCACCUGGAGGUGGUCCGCUUCCUUCUGGAGAACAGCGCCAGCCAGAGUAUGGCCACUGAGGAUGGCUUCACCCCUCUGGCGGUGGCCCUCCAGCAGGGCCACGACCAAGUGGUCUCCUUGCUUCUGGAGAACGACACCAAGGGCAAAGUGCGUCUGCCGGCCCUUCACAUCGCCGCCCGCAAGGACGACACCAAGGCCGCUGCUCUGCUCCUCCAGAACGACCACAACGCAGACGUGGAGUCCAAGAUGAUGAAUAGAACAACAGAGAGUGGCUUCACCCCACUUCACAUUGCAGCCCACUACGGCAACAUUAACGUGGCCACGCUGCUUCUGAACCGAGGGGCCGCUGUGGACUUCAUGGCGAGGAAUGACAUCACGCCGCUCCACGUGGCCUCCAAAAGGGGCAACAGUAACAUGGUCAAGCUGCUACUGGAUCGAGGCUCCAAAAUAGAUGCCAAGACCAAGGAUGGUUUGACUCCCCUUCACUGCGGGGCGAGAAGCGGUCAUGCACAGGUGGUGGAAAUUCUGCUGGACAGAGGCGCUCCCAUCCUCUCCAAGACCAAGAACGGCCUGUCGCCGCUGCACAUGGCCACUCAGGGGGACCACCUGAACUGCGUGCAGCUGUUGCUGCAGCACGACGUGCCGGUGGACGACGUCACCAACGACUACCUGACGGCGCUGCACGUGGCCGCUCACUGCGGACACUACAAGGUGGCCAAGCUCAUCGUGGACAAGAAGGCCAACCCCAACGCCAAGGCCCUGAAUGGGUUCACUCCGCUUCACAUCGCCUGCAAGAAGAACCGAGUGAAAGUGAUGGAGCUGCUGCUGAAGCACGGAGCGUCCAUCCAGGCUGUAACCGAGUCUGGCCUGACGCCGAUCCACGUGGCGGCCUUCAUGGGCCACGAGAACAUCGUCCACGCACUCACCCAUCACGGAGCUUCACCCAACACCGCCAACGUGCGUGGCGAGACGGCCCUCCACAUGGCAGCCAGGGCGGGCCAAGCCGACGUGGUUCGAUACCUGCUCAAGAACGGAGCCAAAGUGGAGACCAAGUCCAAGGAUGACCAGACGGCGCUGCACAUCUCCAGUCGUCUGGGGAAGGUGGACAUCGUGCAGCAGCUGCUGCAGUACGGCGCCUUGGCCAACGCGGCCACCACCUCGGGCUACACGCCCCUCCACCUGGCCGCCCGCGAAGGCCACCAGGAUGUCGCCACCAUGCUCCUGGAGAACGGAGCCUCGCUGUCCUCCUCCACUAAGAAAGGCUUCAGUCCGCUCCACGUGGCUGCGAAAUACGGCAAGAUGGAGGUGGCCAGUCUGCUCCUGCAGAAGAGGGCCGCGCCUGACGCUGCUGGAAAGAGCGGGCUAACUCCACUGCAUGUCGCCGCUCACUACGAUAAUCAGAGAGUAGCCCUGCUGUUGCUGGAUCAGGGAGCUUCCCCGCACGCCGCCGCCAAGAACGGCUACACACCGCUGCACAUCGCCGCCAAGAAGAACCAAAUGGACAUCGGCACCACGCUGCUGGAGUACGGCGCCGACACCAACGCGGUAACGCGGCAGGGCAUCGGUCCCAUCCACCUGGCGGCGCAGGAGGGCAGCGUAGACCUGGUCUCGCUGCUGCUGGCCAAGUGCGCCGCCGUGAACAUUUGCAACAAGAGCGGACUUACGCCACUCCACCUCGCGGCUCAGGAGGAUAAGGUCAACGUUGCCGAAGUUCUUCUCAACCACGGCGCUGACGUCAACGCGCAAACAAAGAUGGACUACACGCCGCUGCAUGUGGCCUGUCACUACGGCAACGCGAAGAUGGCCAACUUCCUGCUGCAGAAUCAGGCCAAAGUCAAUGGCAAAACCAAGAAUGGUUACACGCCUCUGCACCAGGCGGCUCAGCAGGGCCACACGCACGUCAUCAACCUCCUCCUGCAGUACGGCGCCGCGGCCAACGAGCUCACCGCGAACGGGAACUCGGCGCUCGCCAUCGCCCGUCGCCUUGGUUACAUCUCGGUCGUGGACACGCUGAGGCCCGUGACGGACGAAAACCUGAAUACUGUGAGUGCAACGGAAAAACACAAAAUCAACGUCCCAGAAACUAUGAAUGAGUUCCUGGACAUGUCAGAUGACGAAGUUUGGGCCAAUGUGCCUGAAAGUCUGGAGGCGGAGUCUAUGUCAGAUGACGAUGAAGGUGAGGAUGCUAUGACCUGCGACACGGACAAGUACCUGCGGCCCCAGGACCUCAAAGAGCUGGGGGAUGACUCUCUCCCACAGGAGGGCUACCUGGGCUUCAGCAUCGGAGCCCGCUCGGCCAGCCCUAGAAUCAGCCUCCGCUCCUUCAGUUCGGAUAGGUCCAACACCCUCAACCGGAGCUCCUUCGCCCGGGACAGCAUGAUGAUCGAGGAGAUCUUGGCCCCCACCAAGGACACGCUUCAGAGCGUCUGUAAAGACAUUUCCUACCUGGUCGACCCACUAAAUAAGCACUUGGCCGUGACCAGCGAUUACAACUCGGAAUGUAUGCGGCGCUACAGCUGGACCCCGGACACCGUGGACCACGGCCACAACGUUGCAUCCAGCCCCAUCCACUCUGGCUUCUCAUCCCCGCUCCCUCAGUAUGACUCCAGGUUCCUGGUCAGCUUCAUGGUAGACGCCCGCGGCGGGUCCUUGAGGGGCAGCCGCCAUAACGGCAUGCGCAUCAUCAUCCCGCCCAGGAAGUGCACGGCGCCCACGCGUAUCACCUGCCGCCUGGCCAAGAGGCACAAGCUCGCCUACCCGCCGCCCAUGGUGGAAGGGGAGGGCCUGGUCAGCAGACUCGUGGAGGUCGGCCCGGCUGGGGCGCAGUUUCUUGGUCCCGUGAUUGUGGAGAUCCCUCAUUUCGGCUCCAUGCGGGGGAAGGAGAGGGAGCUGAUCGUGUUGAGGAGUGACAACGGCGACACGUGGCGCGAGCACCAAUUCGAGUCCACUCCAGAGGAACUCACGGAGCUGCUGACCGGAAUGGAUGAAGAGUUGGACAGCCCCGCCGAGUUGGAGAAGAAGCGCAUUUGCCGCAUCGUGAGCAGAGACUUCCCGCAGUAUUUCGCUGUGGUGUCGAGGAUCAAGCAGGAAUCCAACCACAUGGGUCCCGAUGGGGGCGUCCUGUCCAGUAGCACUGUGACCAUGGUCCAAGCCUCCUUCCCGCAGGGGGCGCUGACCAAGAAGAUUCGCGUCGGCCUGCAGGCUCAACCUGUCCCUGAUGACUUGGUGAGGGCGGUCCUGGGGAACAGAGCCACCUUCAGCCCCAUCGUCACCGUGGAGCCCAGGAGGAGGAAAUUCCACAAGCCGAUCACGAUGACCAUCCCUGUCCCGCCCCGCCAGGCGGAAGGCCACCCCAUCGGCCACCGGGGCGACGCGGCGCCUUGCCUGCGUUUGCUCUGCAGCAUCACAGGAGGAACGUCCCCGGCCCAGUGGGAAGACAUCACGGGGACCACGCCGCUUUCCUUUGUGACCGAUUGCGUCUCCUUUACCACAAAUGUGUCGGCCAGGUUCUGGCUCGCAGACUGUCACCAGAUUCCUGAGACGGUGGGUCUGGCGUCUCAGUUAUACCGGGAGCUGAUCUGCGUGCCGUACCUGGCCAAGUUUGUGGUGUUCGCCAAGAUGAACGACCCGGUGGAGGCGCGCCUCCGCUGCUUCUGCAUGACGGACGACAAAGUGGACAAAACCCUCGAGCAGCAGGAGAACUUCGAGGAGGUGGCCCGAAGUAAAGACAUCGAGGUUCUGGAGGGCAAGCCCAUCCAUGUGGACUGCUAUGGCAACUUGUCUCCGCUGACCAAAAGUGGACAGCAGCUUGUAUUUAAUUUCUACUCCUUCAAGGAAAACAGACUUCCUUUCACCGUGAAGAUCAGAGAUAUGGGCCAAGAGCCCUGUGGCCGCCUGUCAUUCCUGAAGGAAGCAAAAACCUCGAAAGGUCUUCCGCAGGCCGCCAUAUGCAAUCUAAAUAUCACACUGCCCACACACAAGAAGGAUAUGGAGUCUGACCCUGACGAUGAGAAUGAAAGGCCAGUGCGACGCCAUACCUUUGCCUCCUUAGCUUUGCGUAAGCGCUACAGCUAUUUGACCGACCCUGCGGCGAAAACACCCGAUCGAAGUCCGCAAAGAGCACAGCCUUCUGGCUACCCUCACAAAUCUGUCUUUUCAACGAGAUCUUAUCAGGCGUGGCCGCCUGUUCCUGUCGCCGUCCCUGGCCAAGCCAAGUCUGGGUUUGGCUCCCUCUCCAGCUCAUCGUCCAACACACCUUCUGCCUCUCCACUAAAGUCUGUCUGGUCCAUCAACUCCGGCUCCCCCAUAAAGACAAAUAUUCCCGGAUCCCCUGCCUCUUCCGUUAAGUCGGUUAGCGACAUGGCCUCUCCCAUCCGAUCGUACAGAACCAUCUCCUCUCCUAUCAAAACAGUAGUCCAGCAUGCUCAGUACCCAGGCCAGGUUGCCCACAGUCCUCUGGCAUCGCCUGUAAAAAGUGCUUCAGACAGUGCAUCUGUGAAAGGACUUGCGGCGUUGUCAGCCAGGACUAUAACUGCUUCGACAGGAGGAAGUCCUCUCCUUGAGAGGGCAUCAAAAGCCACGACGCCUCCAACAUCUCCCAAAUCUUCCCUUAGUAUGUUCAGUUCCCCUCUGUCAUACAAGACCGUUGUGGGUGGGGCCGCUGUUCCGGGAUCGUCUUCCUCCCCUAUCAAAACUGUCCCCGGCCUCUCCUCUGUCCGUUCCUUUUCCUCAGACGUGUCAGGCCCCGCAAGGAACCUCUUCUCCUCACUGUCCUCGCCCCUCAAAUCCAACACCCCACAAAGUGCUGCGGCGCUGAUCAACGGAACAGUGUCGCCAGCACAGUACCGCUCCUCCUCUCCAACCUCACUCCUUGCCAGCAGUCUCCAAGAAAGAAUACAAGCAACCACCAACGCUGCGACGACAAGCGUCAAUGCGGCGUUUGAUGAGGUUGAAAAAACAUUCAAUUCUUGCUCGGCUGGCUACGGUACUUUAAAGUCAUUGUCCUCCUCUGCGUCCUCGUCAUAUCAGUCCAUUCGGUCCUCAGCAUCUAGUUCCCUUUACAACUCACUAAGGUCCCCUCCUAAUGCCACCACUGCUGGAACGUCCAGCACCGUGACGGUCCCUGUGUAUUCUGUUAUCAAUGUACUGCCAGAGCCCCAGUUUAAAAAGUUACCCGAUGUGUCCAAGUCAACUGCUGCUAUUCUGUCCCCACGUAACACCGCGCCACCUGAGAUGAAUCCUCAAUUGCAGUCGUCCUUUGCCAGAAAUCUUUCCCCUACCAAGCCUCCACUUCUCUCAUCCGGUUUAAAGUCAACCGCGACAUCCGCGUUGUCAUCCAGCCAAGAAAUUCUGAAAGACGUCGCUGAUAUGAAAGAGGACUUAAUACGAAUGUCAGCCAUUUUGCAGACGGAUCCAAAUUCUAAUACAAGUAAAGGAUUUCAGUCUGGUUCCGCAGCCAAGGUUGAAGAUGAAGAGCCUUACCGGAUUGUGGAGAAAGUAAAACAAGAUCUGGUAAAAGUGAGUGAAAUCCUGACUAAAGACGCGAGCAAAGAGCCACUGGCAAGGGGCACCUUGGAUGACAUACGCUUCUCAAAAGUGCCUGUUGAACAGCCACCCAGCAACUGGAGCUAUCCCCCAAGAUACGAGACGGUGGUUCCUCAAGCGAAAGCAAAAACAAUUCAAGAUCGAAAUUUCAGUCUUUCUAAAGUUGCCGACUAUUUAGCUAAUGAUGUUGGUAGCAGUUCUUUCUCCAAAACGCAAGACACUAAACAUACAACAAAUGAGGGCAAGAGAGAAGCGGAUGGCAGGGAAAAGCAAAAACGCGUUCUGAAACCCACCAUUGCAGUUCAAGAGCAAAAACUCAAAAUGCCUCCAACGAGCAUGCGAUCAUCCCCUUCAGACCGAGAGCUAGGUAAAGUGGCCGAUGCUCUUUUCGGAGCCGAUACUGUGCUGGAAUCCCCUGAUGAUGUAUAUCAUGAACAGGAUAAGAGUCCCCUCUCAGACAGUGGCUUUGAGACCAGAAGUGAAAGGACCCCUUCUGCCCCGCAGAGUGCUGAAGGCACGGGCCCAAAGGCGCCUUUCCAGGACAUCCCCGUUCCCCCCGUGAUCACUGAGACGAGGACUGAAGUUGUUCAUGUCAUCAGGAGCUAUGAGCCCCCUGAGGAUAACAAACAACCCGCAAUGCUGGAGGGAAAUCCCAUCCAAUACAUUGGCACUGAGUCGAAAGGACAUGCUAAUCAAGCUCCAUCAAUUAAAGUUGCCCCUGAUGAGGAUCCGAUGGGUAAAGGCAUACGGUUGAAGGAGGAAACUCACAUCACUACUACCACCAGGAUGGUGUACCACAAACCAUCUGGCAAUGAAGCUGUAUCAGAGAGGUGUGAGGAAACCAUGUCUGUUCAUGACAUCAUGAAAGCCUUUCAAUCAGGAAAGGACCCAUCGAGGGAGCUUGCUGGACUCUUUGAGCACAAAUCUGAGGAAGUACCACAGAGACUCUCUGACGACGUCAAACCAAAGGUUGAAAGAAUAAUUGAAGUGCACAUUGAAAAGGGCAGUAAAGCAGAACCAACCGAAGUCAUCAUCAGAGAGACUAAAAACCAUUCCGACAAUGACAUGUAUUACUACCCGGGAAACAGACAAGAGGACAGGGAAACUGAGGAACUUCCCACCUAUUUUGACUCCUCCAAAUUUAACGCCACCAUGGCACCUGAGGAAAGUCGCCCUAGUUCAGCCCAAUUAAUGGCAGACGAGUCUUAUAAGACCUUGAAAUUGCUUAGCCAGCAGUCUGUGGAGUACCAUGAGGAUGAAUCGUCAGAGUUAAGGGGAGAAUCUUAUAAUUUUGCUGAGAAAAUGUUAUUGUCAGAGAAUUUUGACCAAUCCCAUCCUGACGCUGAGGAACGUGGUCGAGAAAAGUCUCACUUCCACUCACCAGACAGAGGUCGCAAUGAGAGUAGGUCAGUCGGGCCAAGAACGGAAUACAUCUUUCGGUCGUCACGAAAUUUGUUGGAUACGUCAGGGAGAUUGGCCUGUACUGAUGAUAACUAUGACACAAUGACACUUGUGCAGCAUUCCUCUGAGCCCGGUAGUCCAAAGCAAUCCGUUUGGAUGCGUGUCUCAUCAGAUGACACGGAGAGAAAGGAAAGAGAGCAACUAAUGUAUGAGGAAAGAGUGGACAGAACCGUAAAAGAGGCAGAGGAAAAACUCUGUGAGGUAUCUCAGUUCUUUAGGGAUAAAACAGAGCAGCUCAAUGAUGAGCUCUCCUCUCCAGAGAGAAAAUCUCGCAGGCCAGACUUUAGGGAAUCACGAUCUGGACCUAGUUCCACACAAAGCAGUCCAGAGCGAUCGGUUUAUAGAAACGGUGCAAGUGGGGAAGAGUGGAGCAGAGAAAGACUAAGAGACAAGUUCAGCUCUAAUGAUCGGAAAUGUGCCAGUUUACCCAGUAGUCCGGAGAGGCGAGUACUUCUGCAGCAUAAUGAUUCAGACUCUAGAAGGCAGGGAGACGGGAAAGUUGAAGGCCCAAAGCCUUUUCAGAUGUCUUCUUCCAAAGUAAGUGCAGUGAGACUUAAGUUUGAACAAGAGGCUCAAAAACAAGACAGGGCUUCUCAGGGUGGUCAAAGUUCCAAUCCUCCAAUAAGGAAACUCCAUGAAAGUAAGCUCCCUGUGUACCAGGUAUUUGCUGGUCCUAACGUUCCAAAAGCACCAGACAGUCCAGUAAGCCAGAGAAGAGGGCAAGAAAGUGAGUCAAAGUUUUCACCCUUGCAUCAGUCUUAUGGGAAAAAUCAGGACGAUAAGAAGUUAUUCAAAACAUGGGAAAACCAAGGGUAUGGCAACUACAAACCCCAAUCCCCCAAAUUAUCGCACACAUUAGUCCAUGAUUCUCCAAAAGAUGACAGCAAUAGCGAUUCACAAAGACAAGAAACUACCAAGAAAGUUAUUUACACUGAAUUCGUUGUACGAGAGAGUCCAAAUUGCAAUGACGGUCUAAAAAAAAACUCGGAAUCGCAAAUUCCUGUAAGAAAGUCGUCUAAUUUUUCAGAUAAUCGCAGAUCCCCAUCUUUAAAAUUAGACACCUCUGUUGAAGCACAUGAGAAGGAAGGCUCUCGCACGCCCAUCCUAGUUCGAAACCCCGUACAUAGUAGCUUUGAAUCCAACAAGUCUACUUGCGGAUCGUCAGGGAAAUCCACAGACUCCGACUGUAGCCAGUCAAAUAUCACUUGUAACGGUGUUGACAGUGACCAAAUAGAGUAUUUGGAUCAUGGAACUCCUGCACUUAUCACAGAAGGUUUCAAAGAUAUCAAACCAUUACCUGUGUAUGUUAGCAUUCAAGUAGGCAAGCAGUAUGAGAAAGAAACAGCGACCGGGCAGCUUGGAACUUACAAAAAAAUAGUAAGCCAUGAGAGCAGGACAGUACAUGAGACCAGGGGAACAUUUUACACUGUCAAACAAAAGGAGUCGCCAUCUCCUCAAGGUAGUCCAGAAGACGACACUCUAGAACAAGUAACAUUCAUAGACAGCUCUGGGAAGAGUCCUGUUACUCCCGAGACGCCAAGCCCGGAGGACGUUAGCCUGACCUCGCGAAUGCCUGAUUCUGUGAUUGGCUCCAUGGCUGGCAUGCCUAGUCCAAUCCCAGAGGAGUCAGAAGAGGAAGAUGGUAAGACCUUCAUCUACAAGGAGCCUACAAAGGAAAAACCCAAGCAAGCAGCUUCAGAGAAUCACAGCAAGAAACAGGAAGCAGAGAAACAGAAGCCCAAAGGGGAGAAGAAAGUUCCUUAUAUAGAGUUUCCACCGCCUCCUCCUUUGGACACAGAGCAGUCAGACCCUGAGAAAAGAAAAUCUUGCGCAUCCUCUGAGACGGAGACAGAAAUGAUGGAAGUAAACCUCCAGGAGGAGCAUGACAAGCACUUUUUAGCCGAGCCAGUCAUCAGGGUCCAGCCUCCGUCACCCGUUCCUCCCGGAGCUGAUAACAGUGACUCCAGUGAUGACGAGUCUGUGUUCCAUCCCAUCCCUGUCAAAAAGUAUACCUUCAAAAUGAAAGAGGAGGGGGAGAAACGCUCAAAACACCGAAAAACGGAGAAGAAUGGAAAUAAAGAGUCUGGGAUCAAUGGUGUCGUGAAGGGGGAGGAAGUUGACUUGGAACAAAAUGGGAAUGACCAGUCGAUCACCGACUGCUCCAUAGCAACCACUGCUGAAUUUUCCCAUGACACAGAUGCCACUGAGAUUGACUCACUGGAUGGUUACGAUUUUCAGGACGAGGACGAUGGACUGAGCGAAGACCCAAAAACAUCCAAUCUAUCCAAUGAUGGGAAAACAGCUGAUCGCCCCUUUGGUCAGUCUAAGCUCGAAGUGAUUGAGGAAGAGAAGUGUGAGGAUGGGAAAACCAAUCCGUCUUCUUCGAAAAGCAGUGGGGAAGAAAUAGAUUACACCCUAGAAGGAAGGCAUCCAGAAAGGUUCACAGACCAUUACUUCCGCUACCAACUUGAAGAGGAGCUAAACUCAACCUUUAAAACCGUAGCCACAAAAGGCCUUGAUUUUGACCCCUGGUCCACCAAAGGGAGUGAUCAUGAAGGAGUUUAUGACUCCAAAACCAAAGACGAAGAUCCCAAGCCCUUUGGUUUAUCCGUGGAGGACAAAUCACAGGCUACAACACCUGACACUACCCCUGCUCGAACACCAACUGAUGAGAGUACACCAACUAGUGAGCCUAACCCCUUCCCUUUCCACGAAGGGAAGAUGUUUGAGAUGACCCGCAGUGGUGCUAUUGACAUGAGCAAGCGGGACUUUGUUGAAGAGAGGCUUCAGUUUUUUCAGAUUGGUGAGCAUUCCUCUGACCCUCUAACAGGGGAAAGGGGGAGAGGGGGCAAGAUCCUGGGUGUAAUUUCCUCUCAAUCAAAAACAGGGGAGAGGGCCACGGUCGAGGGCAAAGUGAAAGUUAUAGAUACAGCCACAGGCGGCAGCACAACACCAGCAGCAGGAUCAAAAUGCAGCCCCGUGCACCCUGGCAGUGACACCGGCUAUGCUGGUACUGAGCUACCCACCCGUGAAGCCGUAGCUGAGACCGCCUCCUCAUGUACAAUCACGGCCUCCAAGGUUGAUCCCAAAUUGCGCACCCCUAUUAAGAUGGGCAUAGCUGCCUCUAUAACUGUGAAAAAAGACUCAGGGGAUCUCACUGAUUUUAAAGCUGAGAUGUCAGAGGGCCAAAUGGUGCCCGAAUAUAUCAGCAUAGAGGGUCAGAGUACAGAAGGCCAAUCGAGCAAAGACACAGAGGCCAAGUCAGAGAGAAGAGAUUAUCCAUCUGAAAACUGCAACAACAAUAAUAACCUCGAAUCCUCCAGUAUUCAGGCCAACUACAUUCAGUGUGGCAGUGUGGUGUUCAAUCUGCAGUCCUCCUCUGAGCCCACACUUCAGAAAGCCAGCAGGAUAGAAACAUUGUGUUGUAGGGAUGUAGAAGAAAAAGUAGAAAGAGGUCAGAGCAGUCAGGUGCAGCAGCAGCAGCAAAGCGUACAGGUUAAAGACAGUGAGGUGAAGCUGCCCAGGUCCAGGCUUCCAGUAAAAGCAUCAGGGCGGUCAAAUCACACCCAGGGAACAGCCAUAGGCAAGCAGAAGCCCAAGCAAACAGUGAAAAUUGAGACCAGAAAAAGAGGAGAGCCAGCCAUUGCCAAAGUAGAACCAAGGUCUAGAAUACCAGUCAAGGAUAUUAAGAAGGGAAACUCCACAACCGCAGCUAGCUCACCACAUUCGGUUAGGGUUACUUCACGGCCAACGAGGCCAUUAGCUAGUGAAAGAGCAGCCAUAAAGUUGCCCUCAAGGUUACCACUCAAGGACAGACAUCAGGUCAGUAAGGCAUCAGGUGAGGGAACGUCGAGGCAGGAGAGACACGAGAACCCGAGCGAUGUUUGUAAGCGCACCAUUGAAUACUUUAAAGAGAUUAGCGGAGAGACGAUAAAGUUGGUGGACCGCCUGUCAGACGAGGAGAAAAAGAAGCAAACAGAGCAGUCGGAGGAAGACAGCACCUCCCGGAGCACCUCCCUGUCAGACACCUCGCAGCCGUCCCAACCUUCCCAGCCCUCCCGCUCGUCCAGGUCUGGUCGAGGUUCGAGGGCUGAGGCCGGGGCCGGGGCCCCGUCCGUAGGGGCAAAGGUGGCGACGACGGACAGGGCCUCUGGCAGUCAGAGGAGCAGAAGGAGUAGGCGGACUGGUGGGAAGGAGGGCAGUCAGGGACUCGCGGGGUCUCGAACACCUCCCAUCGCAGAGAUCAAGCCUAGUCCCCAAAGUCCUUGUGAGCGCACAGAUUUGCGUAUGGCCAUUGUAGCAGAUCACCUGGGACUCAGCUGGACAGAGCUGGCUCGGGAGAUGAACUUCACGGUAGAUGAGAUUAACCACAUUAGAUUGGAGAACCCGAACUCUCUGACAGCACAGAGCUUCAUGCUAUUAAAGAAGUGGGUCAGCCGGGAAGGGAAAAAUGCCACAACGGAUGCCUUGACUGCAGUGCUGACCAAAGUCAGUCGGAUGGAUAUUGUGACUUUACUGGAGGGCCCAAUUUUUGACUAUGGUAACAUUUCCGGCACGAGAUGUUUUGCCGAUGAUCAUGCGGUUUUCCGGGAUCAGGCUGAUGAUUACCAGAACAUUCUAGCCGAGUUGCAUUCCCCCGCCGCACUGCACUCCGACCCACAUUUCCUGGUACCCGAACUUCCUGUCACACCCGACCCUUCCCCUGUCCACCACCAGCAUCACCAUUACCCACAACCCGACUCCCGGCCGCAACCCCUGCUCUGGAGCCAUGAGAUCAAAUCUGGAAGCUCAGCUGAGAGUCCCCUUAGGCCCUGUCAGUUUCCGCUGUCCCUUAUGGCUUUUGACCUCCCUGAUCCUGUUCCAUCCAAGGUGCAGAAGCCCCACAUCGCCCUGAACGACCAGCUGCUUUUAAGCGAGGAGGAGGACAGAUCUUACCGAGAAAUGGAACCGAGCCGCACGCACAAGUCUGUCCCCGCUUUGUGCGAGUUAGACAUCAGCAUGGCCUACUCCACAUCGUCCUGUUCAGUUUCAUCUGUAUCAUCGAUAACCCCUUUAACACCUGACGGAGCACAAAUAGGAGAUGGAGCUGUGCUACAAGUGGACAUUGAAAGGUGUGAGAAGGAAGAGUCAAAAGAAAAGGGUAAGGUUGAUCAGAGGGUUGCAGUAGAGGGGAACUUUUUUGUGGAAAAGUGGGUAGAGGAGGACUGGAUUAAAAACCUAGAGAGAAAAUGUGAGAUCGUGACAAAAGAUGUCAAGAGUCAGCUGAAAGCGGACAAAAACAUGUUUGCCGGACAAAAGGGAGCGGCAGGAGUGCGGAUUAAAAUGCUGGGAGCUGGCUCUGCUGGAGAUGAAAUAGAGGCUGACAAAGAGAGUAUUGAUGAAACACCACAAGUAGAAGGGAACAGUGAAGAAGUGGUCCAUCGGGGGGACAGAAGCAAAGUUGCUGAUGAUGGUCGAGGCACUCUCCAGCCAAGUGACUUGACCGUUCAGGAAUGGGCUGAGGCCCUUUGGGAACGUCAGUCUACUGAGUGUGGAUCUAAUGAGGAGGAAGAUGGAGGAGGAAAUAAUGAGAGCCAAGAGAAGGCAGAGACUGAAGAAGGCUCAGAGGAGAAGGAGAAGGACAAAGAGAUGACCACUGAGACGGACAGAGAACUGGAGAUUGCCUAUUGCGUUGAACCGCCAGAAAAAGACAUGUGCUCGCUUUCAGGUUGGCAGAGCGACUCAUCCAGCGUCAACGCGGAGCCACCGACGCCAGGCCGCAGCUCGGAUCUGCUGGACAUGCGGGAAAGCAGCCACGAGAACUCGAGCGAUUCCGUCACUUCCUCAUCCAGAGGCGAAUCAGGGAGGUCCCGGCAGAACGGCGACAAGUCAAAAAACUCACCUCAGGGCGGCUCGUCAGAGUCGAUGAAUGGCAGAAAGGAAGAGGGAAGGCUGGUGUCCGAGAAGAAAGUUCAGCAGCGGGUUAGUGUAGAUUCCGGUUCCGAGGAAGAACAGACCGUAACCACCAGAAUCUUCCGACGCCGGCUCAUUUUGAAGGGCGAGGAAGCAAAAAACAUAUCCGGCGAGUCUGUGACCGAGGAACACUACUUGGACCAAGACGGUAACCUCGUCAGUAGAAAAGUCAUCAGGAAGGUCAUCCGCCGGCUCUCUAGCUCCACGACAGACAACCACGGAUGCCACAGGGACCUUCAGAAAAGUCCCACCCUGCAGGAGGACGGACCUGAGAAAGAUGGCGCGUCGAGAAAUAGCAGGCGAGUGGACGAGAGGAAGCCCGGAGACAAAAAGUUUCACUCGUAGGGAUGGAUUGAUUGUUCUCUCGACCAGUCAUCCAGGAUCAUAUUCCACGUUCCAGGGAACAGGGGUUACUUGAGGGCUGAGGUGUUCCAGUUUAGCAUCCGCAUCCACCAAAUGGGUUGGCUUCACGUGAUGAGCGGAGUCCACGCCCCUCCUGACCCGUCAACGCAUGAGCAUGAACAAACUCCUCCGCAUCCACCCUGUCAAUCAAAGGGCCUGAGAGAGGUGAACGCUCGGUCCCCGGGACCCGCCUUCGAGGAUUCUGCUUCCUGUUAGGGCUUUCAGGGGAAGGCCACUCAGGUGGUCGGGGUAGGAGGGGGGGGGGGAGUCCUCCUUUGCUCACAUCCACAAAUGUAGGCGCAACCGUUGACCAAAGACGGCACAAUCGGCGACGGAGGAAAUAUGAAGAAGACACAAUACAACACGACAGUGAUCUAAUGGAACACGUCAGACAACUUCAACAUGUUCAACACUGGCCUUAAAAGUUUUUCUUCUUGAACCCGCUGUUGUCAGGAUGGUAACUGUUCCUUUUUUUUAAACUAAAAAAAACAAACACUUUUUUCCGUUUUUGUAUAUAGAGUCAGAAUGUGUACGGAUUCUUCAUAUGUAAUACGCUACUGGUAGGGUGGAGUUUGGUCACAAUUAGGGUGUGGGAUCUUUUCAAGUGCUUUGGGAAUCCACUGAAGCAAUUCCACUUUUCAAAGUUGUGUGCGUAACACAGGUUCUUCUAAAAAAAAAAAAACAAAGAAAAAAAAUAGAAAGGCUACUAGAGCAGGUAUAAUAUUUGUACACAGACUGGUUUGAUUUUAACGUUAGGAAAGAAGAAAAAAAAACAUUACCGUUGGGUCAUUCUCAAAAGUGGGAUCCAAAUCCCGCAGCCUUUCAAGAGUAUUUUCAAGCAUGCCGUUCACAUUAUUUGGAGUACAAUUUUUACAAGUUUCCAAAAGCUCUGUAUUAAGAGAAAUUGAGGCCCUUUUAUCUGUGUGUACACACGUGUAGCCCUAAUGUUUGUCACUGGUUUUAUAUUUUAACACGGACUAGCAUAGCAUUGGCACUUUGCAGUUUUUUUUUGGGGGGGGGGGGGUGUGUGUGUGUGUGUGUGUGUGUGUGUGUGUGUGUGUGUGUGUGUGUGUGUGUGUGUAAAACUGGAGGGGCAGCUUGAGAGCAUAAUAAUGGCGAAUGUAAGCGCUAGUAGGCUGGUUCGCUGUCCAAAACUGUAACCGUGUAUCGUGCAUUCUUGGCUGUAAGACGUAAGAGCCUCCGCGCACUGUUUUUAGAGUGUCGUCUCACAAAUGCUGUGUGGUCUCAAAUGACACCCAAAAAAAGGGCAUUUAUUUUUCCAUUAUUCAUCUUUUCGCGUGACUUUGUCUCUAUACUUCAUUUCAAAUCUACUCACAAGCAGAGAUUAAUUUGGACUGUAGCUUUUCAUAGCAUCUUAAAAAAAAAAGAAAACACUGGAUGGUCGACAGACGCCGUUUAAGCAUCGAAUAAAUUGUAUUUGAGUCUUGACGCCGUGUGGUAUUUAUUUAGGCAAGAGAGUCUGUAUAUGCAGUGUCCAUUAGAAUCAUUUACAUCACUUGUGUGUUGGUUUUCAUUCCAUCGAUCAAGUGUGUUCACUAUCAGUAUGCUGAUGCCAACGCUGUGGACGUUAAAACUACUGUGUGACUCUUUUUUUUU